CAAACUGAAAAGCAAAAAGACCUGAAACUGCUUGCCAUAUGCAAAAGUAUCGUGGAUUGGAAUAAUUAUGGUUUCAUUUUUAUAUCGAAAAGGGGAUAUCUGAAGAAAAUAGAGCCAACGACGGUCAAUUACACAAUUAUAUCAAUGGUUUUCUUUUUAAAUCCGUUCUCCUUUACAAGUAUAAAUUUCAUGUAAGGAAAUUCUAUGUGUAGAUGGGUCCUCCAUACCCUACAUCAAGAAAAAAAAAAAAAAAUCUUACACUUAAUCUAUUUCAUUUAAAAAAUUAAAUUAAAAAAAAAAAUUUAACUACAUUUAGAAUGCAUCUUUUUUCAUUUUCCCCCUUCAUUGAUUGACGUAUGAGUAGAACAUAAUUUACCAUUGGAGUAGGAUACUCAUACACAAUGUAUGAUCUCUAGUACAACUGAAGUGCAUUUUACAUUUCAAAUUCCUUUCUGCAAAUGGCAACCUCAGUUAAUAAUUCCAUGGUUCUAUUAGUGUUUUAAUCUUCUUCUGCUUCCAUUUCAAUCUGCACUGCCGGUCAAUGGAGUUGUUCUGCCAAAUGUCCAAUAUUUUUAAGGUCAUACCAGUCGUUUUGAUAUUGGGAUCGCUUGGUUCAAGGCUAGGAGAAUGCAGAAAUGUUAAGAUUUCUAAUACCAUAAGUUACUCUGCCAUAAGCUGUCGAAAACACAGCGCUGUUUUAACAGAUUUUGGAGGGGUCGGAGAUGGAAAAACAUCCAAUACAAAGGUUUUCCAAACAGCAAUAGCUAAUCUAAGCAAGUAUUCACCAGAUGGUGGAGCACAGCUUAUCAUUCCUGCAGGGAAAUGGUUAACUGGGAGCUUUAAUCUCACUAGUCAUUUUACUCUUUUUCUCCACAAGGAGGCUGUUCUUCUUGCUUCUCAGGAUGAGGCAGAAUGGCCUAUUCUCCCUCCUUUGCCUUCUUAUGGGAGAGGAAGAGAUGCAACUGGUGGAAGAUUCAGCAGUCUCAUUUUUGGUACCAACCUUAAGGAUGUCGUGAUUACUGGUAACAAUGGCACGAUUGAUGGCCAGGGUGCAACUUGGUGGAACAAGUUCCACAAGGGUCUACUGAACCAGACUCGCCCCUAUCUCAUUGAGCUGUUGUACUCUCAUAAAAUUCAGAUAUCCAAUCUUAUUUUAAUCAACUCUCCAUCAUGGAAUGUUCAUCCCACAUAUAGCAGUAAUGUGUUGAUCCAAGGGCUGACUAUUCUUGCACCAGUUGAUUCUCCUAACACAGAUGGGAUAAAUCCAGACUCGUGCACCAAUACUCGAAUAGAAGAUUGUUACAUAGUUUCAGGAGAUGACUGCAUUGCAGUUAAAAGUGGCUGGGAUCAAUAUGGAAUCAAAUUUGGAAUGCCAACAAAGAAACUGGUGAUAAGAAGGUUAACCUGCAUUUCCCCUGAUAGUGCUACAAUUGCUCUUGGAAGCGAAAUGUCAGGCGGAAUUCAGGACGUUAGAGCUGAGGAUAUUACAGCAAUCAAUACGCAAUCCGGCAUCAGAAUUAAAACGGCAGCAGGAAGGGGAGCUUAUGUGAAAGACAUUUUUGUAAGAAGAAUGAACUUUAAGACCAUGAAGUACGUAUUUUGGAUGACCGGGUCCUACGGAUCACACCCAGAUAAAGGUUAUGAUCCAAAUGCACUGCCUAUCAUUACUCGUAUAAAUUACCGAGACAUUGUAGCAGAAAAUGUGACCUAUUCAGCAAGACUUGAAGGGAUUGAAAAGGAUCCUUUUACAGGAAUUUGCAUUUCUAAUGCAAACAUAACAUUGACCAAGAAACCAGAGAAACUGCAAUGGAACUGCACAGAUAUAGAGGGAGUAACAAGCAAUGUUAAUCCUAGGCCUUGCAGCUUGUUGCCAGGCAAAAGACUUGAGUGUCCUUUUCCGAAGGAUAGGCUGCCUAUUGAAAAUGUUAAGCUGAAAACCUGCUCUGCUGCUAGCUAGAUUCCAUGUUGAUUUUCUACAGGAAAAAGUAAAAUAAAAUUAAAAGGUUUUGUACAACCAAAAAAGGAUGUGCUAGUUCUUGAGUUAUAUAUAAUUCAGAGAAUUAGUUGUAGCUAGUAGCAUAAAAUUAAGAUCUCAUAUUUUAUUAAGGAAAAAGGUAUCAGAUUCCCAUAAUGUAAUCCCUAAAUAGGGAUAAUGUUUUAAAAAAUAAUUAGGGGUAUAUUUUCAUUAAGGACUAUCGUAUACAUACUGUUAAAAAUAGUGAUUUACAAAAAUGAAAGUCAGAUGCCUAAUUCCGGCGA